AUGAAGCUAAGUGUCAUUGCAACCCUGGCUGGUCUGCUGGCAUCAACGGCCGCAUUCCGGGGCUUGCCCAUUCCAAUUGGGGAACUUUCCAGGCAGCAGCAGCCUGCAGCUAUUCAAAGCUCUCUGUCUGCGUCUUAUCCCGAGUACAAUCUCUCUAUUCCUAUUGACCACUUCCUCAAUGAAUCGAUCUACGAACCCCAUUCCCGCAACAAAUUCAACCUGAGGUACUGGUUUGAUGCGCAGUUUUACAAGCCGGGUGGCCCGAUUUUUGUUCUAUGCGGAGGCGAAACCGAUGCCCAGGAUCGACUCCCAUUUCUCCAGAAGGGCAUUGUCCACGAAAUUGCAAAGGCCACGAACGGGGUGGGGGUAAUCCUGGAACACCGCUAUUAUGGAAAGAGCAUUCCCACGCCCGACUUCAGUACCGAAAACCUUCGCUUCUUGACGACUGAGCAGGCCUUGGCCGAUACUGCCUACUUUGCGAAACAUGUUAAAUUUCAGGGCCUUGAAGGCUUUGACCUGACUCCUGAGAAAACGCCGUGGCUCGCUUAUGGGGGAUCCUACGCUGGGUCAUUUGCCGCUUUUCUUAGGGUCGUCUAUCCAGACACCUUUUUCGGCGCCAUCUCAUCGUCAGGUGUCCCAGCGGCUAUAUGGGACUACUGGGAAUACUACGAGGCAGCCAGGAUCUUUGGCCCCCCCGUUUGCAGUCGUACACAGGGCAAAUUGACCAACAUAGUCGACAAUAUCCUCUUGAAUGAAACCAAUGCCGACUACGUUGUUGAUCUCAAGACAGCGUUUGGAAUAGACGCAAAGAUCGACAAUGCCGACUUUGUAUCUGCAAUCACUGGUGGCAUCACUUCACUGCAAAGCUACAAUUGGGAUCCAGAAGUCAGCAGCGAUGCUUUUUUCACGUACUGCGAUACCAUAUCCAACGACGAGAAUCAGUUCCCAGCCUUAGAGAGCAAUCGCCCCUUCGUCGAGAAGAUUGUCGCCCAGACAGGCUACGCAGACGACCCGGAUCCAUUGGUUGAUCGUAUGCUUAACUAUAUCGGAACACAGCGAUCUGGAUCGGGAUCCGACUCAGGGUCCGCCGAGAUUUCCGACAAGUCCUUUUACGAUCAGGACGACCUUUCCCAAACAUGGAGACUUUGGCCGUAUCAGGUGUGCACCGAAGAUGCCUUCAACAUCACGAAACCGGCCGACACUGACCGGAUCAACAAGUAUGGAUCAUUCAACAUCUCGUAUCCUCGCCUCGCGUUCGUGGAUGGGCAGUGGGACCCUUGGCGUGCGGCAGGGGUGCAUGCACUAUCUCAAGUUCAACGCGACUCGACCAUAAGCGAGCCCAUGAUCUUGAUCGACGGCGGUGUGCACCAUUGGGACGAAAACGGCGUUUUCCCCAAUGAGACAAAGCCUGGGUUCCCACCAAAGGCAGUUAUAAUGGCCAAACGGGAGAUGCGUGACUUUGUAAAGGAAUGGCUGGGGGACUGGGUUUGA